CAUACUUCGACUCGAAGAUGAAGCCCUUUGAAGGAUACAUCCCCCUAUGCCUGAUGAAUGGAAGAUGAGUUUUGGAGAAUGGAUCUCCGCCUUCGACUUGUUCAUUUCCUAUAUUCGCUAUUAUGGCCAUGGAGAUUUAGCGGAUCGGUUUGUGACUCAUAGAGAGAAUGUCCUGGCUAUCAAAAGAGAAAAGGUGUCUUGGAUUAUGGCAUUUAGAUAUGAUCAAGCUAUUAGAUGCAGUGUGAUGACGUUUAGGUGACUUCCAACCUCGGUUUCAGGACAUCAACCCUUACUCAGACGGUCAACCUAAGGCCAACAUUAAUCCAAUAAUAUGGUAAACCUAAUGCCAGAUCUUGGUUACACUCAAACCAGCAGUCAUUGUUCGAAGGAUCAGGAAGUGGUGGCUACGGUUCAGGUUAUCAAAGUUGGGAAGAUAGAAGAGGUGAAGGUCGUCAAGUGCGAGGUCGUGGUAACGGAGGAAGAUACAAUGGUGGUAAUGGAGGACGCGAAUUUGAUCGUAGUGGUGGCGGAAGAGACGGUGUUCGAU